AUCUCUUUCGCCAUUUCCACUUUGCACUUGAACACCACCACCACCACCACCACUCCAGCUUCGUCGCGUGAAACACCCCUCUUUGAACGCCCUACCCAUCACCAACAAUUAGUUUCCCCGAGUCGAGCCCUACCAAUAUCGACAUCGAGAUAUGAGUCGCGCCAACAAACUUGGCCCUGAAGUGAAUCGAGCUUUGUUCGUAAAGAAUCUAAGCUACAACGUAACUCCGGAGGAGCUCUUCGACCUCUUUGGAAAGUACGGACCUAUCCGUCAAGUUCGCCAGGGCAUUGCGAGCAACACAAAGGGCACCGCCUUCGUUGUCUAUGAGGACGUAAUGGAUGCGAAGCAGGCGUGCGAUAAGUUGAAUGGUUACAACUUUCAGAACCGCUACCUCGUUGUACUAUACCACCAGCCCGACAAGAUGAACAAGACAAAAGAGGACCUCGAUGCUCGCAAGGAGAAUCUAGAACGCAUCAAGAGGCAACACGGGAUCGAUUGACAGUUAGACGGGCCUACGGACAGCCUCCGAAUUCGACAACGAUCGUCUGGAGGCCCGUCUUCUAUGAAUACUUCCUCCUCCAAGACCAGGGCGGCGCCGCGCACGACGGCGCCGAGCACACCGGCUUCGAGUAGAUCAGCACCACCGGCUGCUUCGAGCAGAUCAUCGCCGCCGGGACCGACCCGAAAGAAGGACAGGUCGCCGUUGACCUUUUACGCGCGGAGCUCCAUCCCUCACUUUGUGCGCAAGCUGCUUCCCACCGUCCCAGAGUGCGCCUAAACGAUAAACCCCUGUUAUCACAAAUCGGAUCCCCCCAGUGUACGAAUGACAACAGAAGAGAUUCCACGAACGACGCGCAGUAUCUCGUACACGCGGCCGGAUUCGGCUCUGGCGAUAGGCUUUGUGUACCUUUGCCAUAAUCCUCUCAUCACGAAGCCUCUUACCGAAACAUCAUACAUCAUCAUUAAACUCGUUUUCUUACGGAUCGAUUUUGUUAUUUUUGGCGCUGCUCCCUCAUUGUUGUUGCGUUGGCAUGGGGAAAUGCGACGGGGUUAAAGGUGUGAUGGUUUGAUGGACUUUUUUUGCUUUUUAUACUCUUUUAGGUUGGGCUUCAGCUGUAAAGCCCUUGGGCGCGCGCAAUGCUUUCAUGGCCGCUUGGCUGCUGGCCUUCCUUUGCUCCCCGGCUGUCUUUAUCCUAGGGGAGGAUUUCAUCAUGACUUUCCAACUACUGAACUGGCAUUGGGAUGCGGGAACAACUGAAUUGAUGGCGACACAGAAUCCCCAUGGCGCAAGAAGCCGUGAGAGGAGAUUGCGACGAGAUAAUUGCAAACCUAGUCAUUACCCCUUCGUCACUGUAUUUUGGAGUGUUGGCGUUGUCCCACUACUUGGUCAGACGCUCGCUCAGAAUCCACCUAUUUCCUGCACCCUGAUGAUGGUUGUUGCUCGUGAACCUUGAUAGACAAUUUUUACGCGACACAAAUAACACUCGGCAAAAGGAUAUCAC